AUGGAUCCCGUGGGAUCCGAACGACUGCUUGAGCAGACCACUCCACGGCGCUGUGUGCGCUAUGGUACGUGGGCAUUAUGGUUCGCCAGUUGGUGGGGAUUGAAAUGCUUGGUUUUGGACCAGGACGCAAGCGUCUACCUUCUCUGCAUGAGUUUGGCAGUGCACGUCCGCAUUCCACCACCCUUGGGACAAGUGCCACCUUUGAUGGAUCCAUUACUGGUUUAUGUGCAGGGGUGGAGCAGUUUCUUCUGCUUGCUCUUCGGUGGUUUGGCCGUGCAGAGCUACCUUUCGCGUGGAGACGCAUCGGCUAUGCCGCUUGGAAGUCACUGGUACCUUCUCUCCUGUCUCUCAUGUGGAGCUUCGAGCUAUCGCCGCCUGCAAGAUGUGGAACACACGCAGCGCAGUCUGAGAGUCACCACGAAAGUCACCGUAAAGCGACCGUGGCUUACCAAGCUGCACCCGUACUUGUACUAUUUCUUCCACAGCGUGCCAGGUCAUUCGACAGAUGUGGUAAUUGAACGCCGCUCUCCCGCUGGUCUCCACGUGCCACUCGACCUUUGGUACGUCCCCUCCACGGACUCCGCGCUGCGGCCGGUGCUGUUUCUGAUCCACGGGGGAGCCUGGCGCGGCGGCGAAGCGCGCUGUUCGCCGCAAGCUCCCCUGCUGCAAUCCUUGGCCGCCAGCGGCUUCCUGAUCCUUUCCUGCGAGUACCGCCGCAGAGGCGCCGCGUGGCCCAUGCAGCUGGAGGAUUGCUCCGCGGCGCUAGAGUGGCUGAUCAACGAAGGCGCUGCGCUCUACCGCGCGGAUCCCUCGGACGUGACCCUCGCCGGCACCUCUGCUGGAGGGCACCUGGCAGCGUUGCUGUUGACGAAGUUGUUGCAAGACGCGAAGUUCGCGUUGCUUCCCCGUGCGGCGAUGCUGUUCUAUCCUGCGCUGGAUCCUUCGGACAGGUUUACUAACUCUACAGUGCGCCUUCCUUUCUCGUGCUCUCCCUUGGGAGUGCGCUAUAAGAUGAGCGCACUGGAAUGGUUCUUUCAACUGAUAGUCCUCCAUGGCAAUGAAGACCUGUGGCCCUCCGCAGAACCCAUGCGGCAGCUGGAACGAGUGGACAGGGACUGCAUUUCGCGGUGGCCCCCCACGUUGAUCGUCCACGGCGACUGCGAUGGCAUAGUCCCCAUCGAGCACAGCGCCCACUUCCUCCUUUGCCUCGAGUCGUGGGCUGCUCCGAGUCGUCGCGAGGAUCAGUUGCUGAGGGUGCCUGGGGGCAGGCAUACCUUCGAGAGUGUCUAUGGCGAUUUGUCCGACUGCUGCUACAACGCUGCGCUCUCAUGGCUGCAGAAGAUUCGAAGCUCUGAACAUUCGCUGAACGCGAAGCCAGCGAUGUGUGACCCUUAA